CCUUCCCCGAUCGAGACACGCCGCCACUAGACCUUCCUUCUCCAACAAACUCCUAUCACCGUCCCCCGCCACCACGACAUCGCCGACGGCCCCCUUUGCAUCUGCGACCAACGAUGACGCAAGCAACACGGACAGAGGCAACGAAUUGGAUGAGGGCAGCAGCCUCCGGCGACUCCCUCUGUUCCGGCGAAGUCCAGCAGCGACGGGGAAGGGCGAUGUCGCGAGGCCAGUCGACGGCAACAAUUGGUCAGCGGCGGGCGACCUCCAUCUUUGGCGGAGAAUUUCCGAUCAGACACAGGGGUGGUGGUGGUGAUCUCCACCGGCGACGAGGGUAGCAGCGGCGAGAGGGGGGGAGGAGUGGCCUCCAUCUUUUCCGGCGAAACAGUGGGGAGUCCAGCGAGACUCCUCUGCUCCGGCAAAAAUAGCAGCGACGGCGUCUAGACGGCAGGCCGGCGACGGCGUCUGGGCAGCGACUCCGGCGAUUCUGCUAUGGUGGUGACCGGGUGUUGGCCGUGAACUGAACCAGCGGGGCCGACGAACCCCGAGUAUCGUUUUGAGUAUAAUUUCCAUGCUUUCAAGCCCUAAUGAUGAGUCCCCUGCCAAUGUGGAAGCUGCUACAAACGAGCAGAGAUGUUUUAAUCCGGGCAGCAACGCGCUUGGCUUCGGGCAGCAGGCGGGGUUACUUCGACGAUGGAAUUUGAAAAUGUUCUUUUGAAUUGAAUCGAUGAAUCGAGUGCCAGGAGCAGAGAGGUGCUGUCAAUGGGAUUUCAAUGCCUGCAAUGUCUCUUUUCAAAACAAUUGGCCCAGCAGUUAGGGGAUCCAUAUUAUCAUGGUCACAACGGCGUCAAGAAUUGAAGGUCUAGAUUCCCCUGAUUCAAUGUUCGAUGUUAUUGAGGAGACAAAUAAUUAAAUUAGGCGUGGUCAAUGGACAAUUACAAUGUGCUUUUUUAAAUUAUGUAAAUAUUAAAUUAUUGGAUGCUAAGAUUUUGGAUUGUAUGUAUUUAGAUAUUAUUCAAUAUAUUGUACAUUUUGGA